AGGCUCCCAGCAAUGAGCAUGCGGCUGUUCGCCACUCGCUGCGCUGCCCCGCUCGACCAUGAGCUGCCUCGCUCCAGCAGCCUCCCAAUGGACCCGGGGAACUUUUAGAGCCCAGGCUGCUCCGGCGCUGGCCUUGUGCCUCCCUCUGCCUUGCAGCCACUGAGCCGGGCGCUUCGUGAUCAUUAUUCAUUGCUGAUACUAAUCCUCAGCGCCGGGCAUGUGAAGCCCCGAGCAUCAUGUCAGCAACGCGCCCCUGGCUUCUCCAUCAGCUCAGCCUCCUCCUGCUCUUGGGGCUGCAUCUCGGGGUGGGAUCUUUUCCGCUGGACUCCCUUCCCUCCUCCUCUCCCGCCGUCGGCCGGCCCCAGUUCACCCCAGCGGGGCCCCGAGGCUCUCCUGCACUCGCGCCGGAGGGAUCUGCCUCUGCCCCGCUGCCCUUGGAGAGAGAAAGCCUGCAGCCCUCGGCUGCUUCUGGCGGCGCUUGGGAGCCCGCGGCAGAAGGACGCAGCAGCAGCAGCAGCAACCCGGCCAUUAUGAGCAGCCAAAGGGCAGCUGAGAGUUUACACACUGAAUCAAGGACUUCCAGUUCUGCUACAAGAAGCUCAGAUACAUUCAGUACCUUUGACAACAAUGAAGGAAGGACAUUGCAGUUGACUACUGACAAUGUGUCUGUAUCUACUGCUGCCAUAGGAAGGACCCCGUCUUACCCCGAAACAGUACAAAUUGGUGAUUUAGCCCAGGACUCCUCUUCUGUGGUGCAGACCAGAAGAGCUGAUGCCCCAUCAAAUACUGUGGAUAAUGCAGAGCUUGAAACAGUGCCUUUGAUGACACAUUUACCCCGCACACCAGCUUCUUUAUUUUCAGAACACAAUUUUCAAGUCAUUGGAAGCAGCCGCCACAGAGAAAGCAGCUGGGAUGUAGAACAUUCAACAUCCAGUUUGCAUAUGGAAAGCAAGGACAGUUCAGCUUUUAACGCCAACAGAAAAAGGACUUCACAAUUUCUAGCAGAUAGCAUCACACUGACUGACUCAGCAACAAAAAACCCAAUUUCUCAAAUGGAAAUCACUGCAUCUUCUUAUCAAACCCAGUUUCCUGCACAGGCAACACAACCUAGAGGAGGAAAUACUGCAUCAAAUAUCAUACAGUUUCCUGAUUCUUUAGUGAGAAUUGUACUUACUGAUUCUUACCUGUCCCCAAAUACUGCUGCUGAAGAUGGCGAUCAUGUAAGGAGCAACUCAAGCACAGAGCAAAUAAUUUUCAGUUCUCAGACUGAGAGCUUGUCUGGUUUGGAUGUGUCUGACAGAAGUGGAGGGAGAAUACUGCAAAUUCUAACAGACGUCAGCCAUCCUCAGAAUGCAACACAAACAUCCAUCUCGUCUAGUAAUGAAAUUUCCAGCUCUUUAAACCACACUCAUUCUUCUUACAUAUUGACUGCAGAACAGACCAGUGGAAUAAAUGUGUCAAUAGGAGACACAGAGUUCACUGAAACAGCCCUUGCACAUGCCCAGGCCCAUUCAGAAACAACAGAUGACAGGAAUAGCCAGCAUACUUCCACUGUAGAAAAAAGAGGCACUCACACUCAGACUGACAGUACAUUGUCUUCUGCCAUGCUCUUCCGAGACAGAGUUGGGACACUGAAAGCUCUAAUUAACAGGAACAAACCCACAGAAGCAACUGAAAUGUCAGCUUUUAGUUUGGAAGAUGCCAGUUCUUCUGAUUUAACUCAGACCUCAUCUCUUGCAGUGGAAAGAAGAAGAAAUCUUGUCUUAUCAACAGAGAAGGAUUUCACUGAAACCUCAGAAGAGCCUUUGCUUACGUAUUCCUCCAAAACUUUCUUUCAUUUACCUUCCACAGUAGAUCUUUCAAAUAGCGAGACUAAGCAGCAGACCUUCAGCACCUCCAACACAGGAAAAAAGGGUCCUCAGAAUGAAAGCACAUUCUCUUCUGUUUCAUCCAUAAGGACUGGAAAUGGGACACUGGAAUCCCUAACUAAUUCAAGCAGAUUUACUGAAACAACAUCACUCUCCACUUUUGAUUUGGAAGGUGUCAGUUCUUCAGAUUUAAUUCAGUACUCAUCUGUUACAAUGGAAAUUGGAAGAAAUCCUAGUUCAUCGAAAGAAACACAUUUCACUGAGACUCCAGAAGAGCCUUUGCUUAGAUAUUCUUCUAAAACCUUGAAUUAUUCAUCUACCGUAGAUCUUUCAAGCUCUGGAAAGAGUUCUCAGCUUUUUAAAAUUUCAGAUCCACAAGGAAGAAUUUCCAGUGCUUCUACAGAGAGUUUGUACUUAUCAACUACAUUCAUGCAUAGUGCAGAAAGAACAUUAAGGUCUCUACCAGAUAACAACACAUCUGAUGCAGCAGAAAGUAGCAUUUCUAACACUGAAGCCUCCAGCUCUUCAAAUCCAACUCUAACUUUGCCUUCUGUGGCAGAGGCUGAAGAAUAUAAUGUCUCGUUGAGCGAAGGACAAUUCACUGAGCAUUCUACUGAGAGCUACAUAUCUUCAUCAGAAGAUCCAUCAACUGUUGGAAGUGGUCAUCACAGAGCAAGCAGCUAUGGUAUUGAAACGAGGGCUUCACAUUCUUAUGCUGACACCAUGUUGAGCUCAGUACCUUCCAGGAGUGGAGAAGAACAAACUUCACAGUCUGUAAUGAAUACCACAUUGACAGAAGUAACAGAAAGCUCCUCUUCAUACGUGGAAAAUACCAGUGCCUCAGAACGAAAUCAGUCCUUAUCAGGAAUAUAUUCUGAAAAGGCUGACUUCUCAGGAAAAGAUUUAGAUGUCUCUGGACCUUCAACUGAGUCUUUUCAAAGUUUCACUUCAUCAAGGAUAACAACGUACUCUUCCUUCCAAAGUGAACCUUCAGACACUGAAAAUGACUUCCAGACAAUGGAUAGCACGCACAUAGGAAAAAGUUCCGCUUCUCAUACUGACAGUACAUUCAUCUCAACCCCCUUCACAAAAGGUGGAGAAAGGACGUUGUUGUCUAUUUCAAACAAUAGCACAUCUUUUUAUGUGGAAAUUUCUGCCUCUUCAGAGUCAGCUCAGUCCAUGUUUUCUAUAACAGAAAAUAUAGGAAGUAACUUGUCUUCAAGUGACAGAGAUUUCUCUGCACCAUCAACGGAUCCUUUGAUUGUACAGUCUCUGCGAACAGCAGAGUUCUCUUCUACAAUGAGUUAUUCGAGCUCUGAAUCUACUUCUGCCAGCAGCUUAUCAUUUCUGUCUUCUUCUCAAGUAACAUCACUGCAGAGUUCACUUCCACCAACACAGCCACCGCCUCUGUUCUCAUCAUCAGAAUCUUCUUGGCUGGCAUCUUCUUCUGCCUUCCCAGCACUGUUAUCCUCUCACACACCUUCAUUGACACCUUCACCUAGACAGUCACCAACAGCACUGCCCACAUUUUCCCCAUUCUUGUCUACUUUGCCUUCAUUUCCUUCAACAUCUUCAUUUUCACAGCCUAGUAUGAAUUCUGAAAUUGAACCUGAAGGUACAGCAGGAACAGAUGCAACCGCAGCUGGGAGUUCCACCAAUGAAUACAACAACCAGACUAUGACUUAUCCUUUGAAAAACAACACUGGUUUCAGUUCAACAGGAUCGUCCUUUCUCCAGACUGAAACUACUGAGCAGCAUUCUGCCCCUGUAACAAUCUCCUUAGGAAAAAACAAGAGUUCACUAGAGCAAAAUGUUUCACUUCCAGGGACCAGUGUUGAAAAAGCUGUUAACGCUCUAACAACAUCUCCUGCUUAUUUGUCUGAAAGUACCACAGUUUCUGGGGCAGCAAAAGCAUCAUCUAGUGUGUUGUCAAAAACAACAAUUCAAAACGAUGUCUUCAGUUUGAGGGAAGUAACAAAAGGAAAAAACCUUCCAGACAUGACAGGAUUACCUACUUUGGCAUUAGCUACAGAUUAUUCAGUAUCCACGAAAUCUUCCAAGGUUCAGUCUCCUACUGAGAAGUCGCAUACCUCUGGGAGAACCACAAAAGGAAUGGAAAUUAUCAGUGCACCUACCAUUAAAGUCAUAGAGCACCAUCUCUAUACUGCUCAUCCUCCCAAGACAUUUUCUUCUAGCAAGGUCACCACAAAGCCUUUUUCUAUUUUACCAUUAUCUACCAAACCAACUACAGUCGCAUGGCUGCAAAACCCAAACACCACUACAACUUCCAAUGGCAAAGAUAUAGAUGAAUGCCUGUCUGAUCCAUGCCCAGCCUUGGCCAGAUGCAUCAACACACAAGGCUCAUUCCAGUGUUUAUGUUCACUUGGGUAUCGGAUGGAAAAAGGGAAGUGCAAUUUGGUAAGAACCUUUGUUGGGCAGUUUCCGCUAAUGCUUAACACAACUGGAGGAAAGUAUUCAGAGCUUCAUCAAAUUGAGGAAGAUAUCAUAAUUACAUUGAACAGUUCUCUCUCAACAUUGCCCGGUUAUUACACUUCAACUGUUCAAGCAUCAAGGCAAUCAGGUAUCGUCCAAGUUUCCAUCAUGAGCACCUUUUCUGUGGUCUCCAGUGUCACCCUUUAUGACAUAGUCAGCACUGUGCAAAGCCACAUCCAAGCUUGCAAAGUGUCCUCAGAGACUUGCCAGUUCAUGUCUAGCCUUCUCCAGCUCCACAGAGCUGGUGGUCUGUGCAAACACAAAGAUCCGGAAUGUGAUAAAGAAACUUCUGCAUGCAUGGACUUUGAUGGCAUUGCAGAGUGCCAGUGCAAGCCUGGAUACUUCAGAUACAACAAACUGGAUCAUUCUUGCAGAGCCUGUGAAGAUGGGUAUACACUUGAAAAUGACACUUGUGUGAGUUGCCCAUUUGGAUUGGGAGGAUUCAACUGUGGGAAUCCUUAUCAGCUAAUCACCAUUGUGAUUGCGGCUGCUGGAGGAGGUCUUCUGCUCAUCUUGGGGAUCGCUCUCAUAGUCACAUGCUGCCAGAAGAAUAAAAAUGACAUAAGCAAGCUAAUCUUCAAAAGUGGAGACUUCCAGAUGUCACCUUACGCUGAAUAUCCCAAAAACCCUCGAGCUCAGGAUUGGGGGAGAGAAACCAUUGAAAUGCAAGAGAACGGGAGCACUAAAAACCUAUUGCAGAUGACAGAUAUUCAUUACAUGCCUGCAAACCUACGGAACCCUGAACUAGAAAGAAAUGGAUUAUAUCCUCCCUAUACUGGUUUACCAGGUUCCCGGCACUCCUGCAUCUAUCCUGGGCAAUACAACCCUUCUUUCAUUAGUGAUGACAGCAGAAGAAGAGAUUACUUUUGAGCAAUUGCAGGAGGGGGCAUGAAAAGUGGGCAAGUUGUCACAGGCUACAUUUGCUGGGGACGCUCUGCCGUCAAACAAUUCAAAUGUUAUCACAAUUGCCCACGGAAGAGGGACUUUGAAACUGCAAAGCACAUGGAGCAGAGUUACCCGAAAGGAG